AGCUCACUAAGCACAGAGGAGGCGGCUUCUGAGGAAGUGGACUCCCAGUCCGAUCGCGUCUGGCUCUCACGCCGACGGUUUGCGGCGUUGCAACUUUGCGCCCCAAUCCCACCUCCAAACCCUCCCCACACCUCUUCUUCCACGUCUGGGUGAUGCGUACCGGGAAUAGAUCCGCACUCCCUCCAGCCUCUUCCGCGUAUUGGAUUUACAGGCGAACCUGGGCGCUGAAGGCAGCGUUUUGGGGGACUUUUACGAGCUGCUCUUGCGUGGGAUUUCGGCGUUGAGUGGGUUCGGUUUCGAAGCAGCCCACUUUUGGACGAGGCCGUGCAGAGAAGCGCGCACACGGACGCACCAUGCAUUCGCUUUAAGAGCCCAUCUGAUCCAGUCCAAAGUGCCAAAUUAAGCCCAGAUGGCGAACGAGUGCAACCGCACCAUCGUGGAAAAUUACAUCUGCCAUAAACUCUCCAAACGCGGCUACGAGUGGGGGUUCGGCGCCUCCCGGGAGGACGAUGCUGCUAGUAACGGGCCACUAGUUGCCCCCUCGCCGACUUUGGUGCACCGGUGCCGCGAAGCCAGCAGCGCCGGGCCCGACGGCGACGGCACCCAGAGCCUCUGCAAGCGAAGCCCCGGCUCGGAGCCCGAGCAGCUCGCCGCCAUCCACCGGGUCCUCCGCGAGGCCGGGGACGAACUUGAGAGACUUUACCAGCCGGACUUCACCGAGAUGUCGCGGCAGCUCUAUCUGUCCUCCACCACGGCCCAGCGGAGGUUCGCCGAGGUGAUCGACGAACUGUUCCGGGACGGCGUCAACUGGGGCCGGAUCAUCGCCUUCUUCGAGUUCGGGGGCACCGUGUGCGUGGAGUGCGCCACGAAGGAGGAGAUGACGUCGCAGGUGGACAACAUCGCCGAGUGGAUGACGGAGUAUUUGAACGCAUCCCUCAACAGCUGGAUACAAGACAACGGGGGCUGGGAUGCCUUUGUGGAACUCUACGACCGUCAGAGGGAAUCGGUGUUCAGCUGCUCCUGGCCCUCCAUCAAGACAGUCUUCGGCCUAGCUGCUCUGGGGGCGGCGAGCCUCACCAUCGGCGCGUACCUGACACAGAAGUGACCUUUUUUUGGUUUUCAUUUCACUUUAUUUUAAAAACACUCCUCAUCCCCAAUCUAGACUCUGCCCUCAUGCCCAGAAUAACAAGACACUUAGUAGAUGGCGACGUUGUAGCAUGAGCCUUUCUUGUGUUAGCAUAGACCGUAGUUGCAUGUGUCGUAUGGGAGCUGACAUGAUGGUGGCGCCAGGCGCCAGCCCCCCGCACCGCUCGCCCCUGGAGAAGAAGCAGCCUUGCCCCUGCUUGUUGGGCUGGUGGACCCUUUUGAACUUUGGGCUCCAGUUACCAGCCUUCUGUACCCCCCCAUACACCCGUACUGCCAUCCAUCAAAGGACUUCCUGUGAAGAACAGCUGCUCAGAAUGAAUAAUGGACCAGCAUGGUCUGUGUACGUACAAGUGUGUGUUUGAUAGUGUGCAGUGUAUGGACUCAAGUAUUGGCACGCCUGGCAAUCGCACAUCCAAAUACAAAGAAUGUCUCAAAAUUAAACACAAUAAUGUAAAAUUUCACCUCAGCUAACUUUAAGAAAUAUUAUUAACCAAUCGAAUCCCAUCACGUGACGUCACGUCCGGCGAGAAACUCGGUACAACCACUUGGCGGGAAAACGGGCGCAUUUAUUGAGGACUGCCUUUGAGUACUUUUGCAAAUUUCCAUGCCAACAAAAAGCACCCCAAACCAAGGCCUCACUUUUCAAAUUGUGCUUGCUUGAUGCUAAUUUACACUGAAUUUGCCGUAGACAUGUCACCAAUUGGCAUUAGCGAAUUUACAUAGAGGUUUCAACACCUUCAAAUUUGGCAAUGAAAACUACAACGAAGAAGCACGUUACAAUCAAAUAGCAGCUGUAUAAUAAGUAGUAUAUUUUCAGUAUAAACACUUUGUAGGUCUCAAUACAAGAAAAGACAGGCACAUUCAACUGAACCGGACUACGGCAACAUACCUAGGACGAACUGAAAUAAAUGCAUACUUGCAAAUGAGACUCAGAAUUAUAAGGAAACACGGUAGAACACAUUAUCUUGAUUAGCUCAGUAUUAAAUACAUCAUUAUUGUAUAAAUAUAGUAUUGUAAAUAUUUAUGCGACUUGUCCACGGAGUACCCUGCCCUCCGCCCAAAUGCAGAUGGGAUAGGUUCCAGCCACCCCUACAGCCCUGAGAGGGACAAGCUGUAAAAAAUGGAUAAUAUAUAUAUAUUUAUAUAUAUAUUUGACAUAAUUCAAAAAACAACACAACAACAAACGAUUAAAAAAACAACACAACAACAAACAAGUGAAAUAUUUUAUAAAAUAAGUUUGGUUUUGAACAUGUUUACUGUUUCACAUUCUAACAUUUCUGAAAAGGAAUAGGAAGAAGCAGAAUUUAUUCAAUCCUACCGCUUUCCUGUCUGGAGAUCAUUUCUAACAUAAUUGUUCACUUUAGUUUUUCGAUCUUAAACAUAGCAACAAUGAAUGAAUAGAUACAUUCAAAUAUCAAUACAGUUCACAUGAAUGUCGUUAACUUAAUAAAUGGUUCCUAUAAUUGACUAAAUACGUGAUAUAUUAUCUGUCAUCCAUCAACCAAGUUCAAUAAUUUAUCAGUAUUCCUCUUUCUUGUACUUUGUAAACACUGAGUUUGAACAAUUUCUUAAACUAGAUUGUAAUAGCUCAUUGUUUGGUUCAACGUGUGAACAUUUAUUAACACAUGAACACACAAAAGUAACACGAUUUGAUAUCUUGGGCUGUACCAGCUAUCAAAACUCUAAAGACCGACAGGACAGUUUGCCUUCACAAUAAAAGCGCUGCUCCAUCCUGCCUGCGCUAACAAAAUAAGAGUCUCAGAAACCCGGCCGUUAGCAAGCUACGGAGUUUGCUGUCAAUGUAUUUCUCGUAAAGUGUAUAAAAAGGAGUAUGGAAGCUGGACAAAUAAGAUGCCAAAAAACCAACCACUUUUAUGUAGUAUUGGACAAAAAGGAGGAUUUUUUUUUUUCUCAAUUUGAAAAUUUGGAUGUUAUCAGCACUACUGUCUGACUCCAAUCAAAGCAAGUCAUCAGAAUAAGGUAAUACACCAACUAAUAUGUCUUCAUGACAGAAAGGAAUCUAUAUGUGUGAAACAUACUUUUAUUAUCAUUAAACACCUUUAACUUGCUAACAAAAAUGUCUCUUUCAUAAAUAAAUAAAUACAAGUUAUAUAAAUGAAUGAGGCAGAGCUCCUUGACUUGGUCAAUUGAAAAGUAGCUCUUCUGCAGAAAAAGUGUGGGCAUCACUGAUUUAGAACCUAAUGAAUCGAUUUGGGAAAAUUGGCCCAAUUCCCCGGUACCUGUAUCGGUUCGAAAGUGAAAGGUAAAGAGAAGUCAAAACGCUACUCAAGUUUUAGUGACGCAGGAAGGAAGCACUUUUUAAACAUAGAGAUGCAAAAAUAAGUCAAAUAAGGAUUAUGAAAUAUAAAAAGUAUAUUAUUGUAAAACUUCUAAGCCAUGAUGCAUGAUGUAAGUGGCCUUUUUUUACAGCGCUUAGGUGGACAAAUGGUGAGCAACAUGGUCAGGUACGAAUCGCUGCUUGUAAAAGGGAGGUGAAUCUUUUCACAGCUGACUUUGAUACUCUGUUCCGUAUUUGGAGAUAUCAUUGUUUUAGCUCCAGUACAGGCCAAAAGUUUGGACACACCUUCUCAUUCAAUGUGUUUUCUUUAUUUUUAUCACUGUUUACAUUGUAGAUUGUCAGUGAAGGUAUCAAAACUAUGAAUGAACAAAUGUCGAGCUAUGUACUUAAAAAAUGGUAAAAUAACUGAAAACAUAUUCUAGUUUCUUCAAAAUAGCCACCCUUAACUCUUAAACUGCUUUGCACAUUCUGGCAUUCUCUCAACGAGCUUAAAGAGGUCGUCACCUGAAAUGGUUUUCACUUCACAGGUGUGGUUGAAGCUCAUCGAGAGAAUGCUAAGAGUGUGCAAAGCAGUGAUCAGACCAAAGGGUGGCUAUUUUAAAGAAAGUAGAAUAUAAAAAAAGAUUUCAGUUAAUUUCACUUUUUUUUUGUAAAGUACAUAGCUCCACAUGUGUUCAUUCAUAGUUUUGAUGCCUUCAGUGACAAUCUAUAUUAGUAAUAGUCAUGGAAAUAAAGAAAACGCAUUGAAUGAGGAGAAGCUGUGUCCAAACUUUUGGCCUGUACUUGUAUAUUGUACUGACUAUCUGAGCAUUGUACUCUUAUCGUUUCCCUUACCGAUACCCUUCUUUGGGGACAGCACGCACACCCAAAAAAUUAACAAUCCAGGCGUGUGGGACAAAUCUUUCCAAUACGUACUGAGCUGAUGUCACAACGGUUCGAGCGCCACUUGUACAUGCUGCCCAAGCGUUUCUUCUCAAAAUUGUUGUGCGUUGGAGGUUCGUUCCACUGUAGAAGAUCAUGAAGACAUUUAUAGGGUGACGGAUGUCGGAGCUUGUUGGUCAUCAACACGGUUCUAGUUCUUCCACACCAAACUCAUCUAAACUGGCCUUUAUGGACAUUGCUCAGCAUCACUGGGAACAGAAAGGCAAUUGAUUUGGGUGGUCGAGUCUCAUUGGGAUUCAUUGUUUAAGCGGGGUGUCAUAUUACUUAUGUCCAUGUAGUGCAUUUCUUGAAUGGUGGUGAUGAUGAUGAAGACAAGAGAAAAGCAUGUUGAAAAGAGCACAAAUGAAGAGAGAAACAGACGUCUUGGUCAUGCAAAGAUGCAUUCCCUGUCAACACUUUGCAUAUUUAUUGGCUCUUAUAUUUCAACAUCACAGAAGCAGUUGAGUUGUAUUCAUUAAGAAAAGAAAAGAAAAAAAACAUUUCCUGUGCAUCGGAACCCAAGAAGAAGUCCAUCCGAUCCAUCUAUUAAUUGGCUCUUACUUUAUUGAUGUUUGUCUUGUGUUACAGUCUGACCAAAAAACUGUAAGUGAUUUUUUGUGUGUAAAUCGUUGCAUGAGCGAAAGACACUGAUCUUUAACCAUUUUUAUACAGCAGAAUAGCAUCGGCGAAGGCACAGGAAAAAACAAAAACAUAUUGUAUUUAUUGAGAGGUACCAGUCUGUUUCUAUGGCAUAACACUGUAACAAUGUUAUUUCUGGCUGCUAUUUUAACAAGAAAAACAAUGUUUUUGUUUUUUAAAGUGUGGUGUCAAUAUUGGCUUGAGGCUGCUAUUCAUUGAAACUGCCACAGUCUAGUCCUAGAUAGCUGCAAACCAAAGUCAUAUUUUUUUUAUGUAAACCACGAAAAGUAGCCUAAAAGAGGAAAUAAAUGUUGCUUCACUUUGUUUAUAACGUUACUGUACAUUAAUAUAAUCUGAUUUGUGCGACUUUGUGCUGUCCAUUAUCUCCUGCUGUGUGUGUGUGUGUGUGUGUAUGUGGGUGUUCAGUCAGGCACAAUGCAAAAAGCAAGCCACAGUUCUAACAGCAAUACUGUUUUUUUUUAAUUUAGAUAUAUUCCUUGUGCAUAUAAGAAGAAUGUAGGCACUACGGUUGCUUUACACCUAUAAUCGCUAACCUGUAGCACUUAAAGAGAGAAAAAAAAUAAAGUGAAACAUGUCUUUCUGUUGUUGUUUACUGCUAUAAUCCACGAUAAGCUAGGCCGGGAUCCCGUUGUUCCUAAUAAAACACAUUUGUCAACA